AGACCAUCACGUCAGAGACUAUCAUAUCAACUAACCAUUAAUAAUUCUUCUAGUGUUAACAAUAACUUGCAAAAUAGAAAUCUUGUUCGUGUUCCUUUGUCCAACCCUGCCCCUCCAAACGUUUCCGCACUCUCGUGGUCACUCACGUCGAAAACCACUAAUGAUACGGCCUCAGCCCAUUUAACAAAAGAGUCAGAUAACAGCCUCAGUACCCUUCCAGGUCUCAAACUGGUCCACCUAAACAUCCGCUCUCUGAAAAAUAACGCCCAUUUUUUAGAAUUACGUAAGUUCACCAAAUUUAACAAAAUUGACGUCCUUACAGUAUCAGAGACAUGGUUAAAUACCUCCGUCACAAACAAGGAAAUAGAAAUCGAAGGUUAUAAGCUACAUCGUUUAGACCGACUGCACAAGAAAGGGGGCGGGGUAUGUGCUUACAUACGAAAAGAUAUUAAAUCUCUUGUACUUAAAGACCUCAGUUAUAUCUCCGAGACGAAUUUCCAUCAAUUAUGGAUCAAAUUACAGCACAAAAAAUCUAAAUCACUGUUGGUCUGUGUCUCUUAUCGACCCCCAGACAGCCCGCUUGACUGCUUCGAAAAAUAUUUUAAACCUAAUUAUGUUCAUGCUCUGACGAUGGGAAAGUUGAUCAUUCUUCUUGGAGACCUAAACUGCGAUAUGCUUAAGCCCACACCUGGAUCAGCGUCUUUGAUCAAGACGACAAAAGAACUCAACCUUAACCAGUUAAUAAAAUCACCAACAAAAAUUACUGAAUCCAGUCAGACCCUCGUCGACGUUAUUUUCGUAUCCUCGCCAAGACUAGUAGUCAACAGCGGCGUCAUAGAAACCUGUAUCAGCGAUCAUUUCCCUGUGUAUGUAUCACUAAAACUUAAAACCGACAAAUCUCCACCAAACUAUAUCACUACCCGCAGCUACAAUAAAUACGACCCUGAUCUGUUCGCGAUCGAUCUGGCAUCCAACCGUGAUCGUCUUGUUUCCAUUUUCAGAAUGGACAAUGUUGAUGAAAAACUAACCAUUUUUAAUGAAAUAUUUUUAAAUACAUUGGAUAAACACGCCCCAGUAAAGACCAUAAAAGUACGCGGAAAAUCUUGCCCAUUUAUCACCCCGGAAAUAAAAGCAUCCAUGAUCAAAGAGACCAGCUCCACAGUCUUUUCAGGAAAACACGUGAUCAUUAUGAUUGGCUUAAUUUCAGAGAGGCCCGCAAUUUUACAAAAACCGCACUUGUUAAUGCACAGAAAGAAUAUGUACUCAAGGAAGUUCAGCAACACAGAAACAAUACUGGGUCACUUUGGAAGGUAAUUAAAGAAAAUAUAGCGUAUAGGGAAAGAGAGUCGGUGGUCUACAGUAAGGAACCGAAAUUAGUGGCCGAAGAGUUUAAUCAUUUCUUUUCCACCAUUGGUGUGAAUGCUGCAAAGAAAGCCUCAACACUAAUACAAGAUCCUAGUGUUUAUCUAGCUCGGAAUCUUUCUGACGUAAAUCGCACAGAUAACAGCUACCCUGAAGAAAAUUAUAGAUUUAGUUUCACCCCAGUCUCUUGUUCAGAAAUAAGGAACAUCAUAUUAGCUAUGCCGUCAAACAAAUCACCCGGCAAAGACAAA